AUGUUGUUGGCGACUUUUUUUCAUGCACUAAGGGGUAUAUCACUUACUGUCAUAUCGAUAUUUCAUCGAUUAAGAGAAGGGUAUAAAUUGCUAUCACAGUUGGUACGUUCGCAGAGGAAUUUGGAGAUUUUACUUAUAACAGGGAUUUGA